AUGGUAUCAUCAACGGUCUACUGCACUCCCAAAUCACUCGUUAGAGUGUGCAGGAGGUUCUACAGCCCGGAGGUGAAGGACCACUUUUACAAGCCACGUAACGUCGGAAGUUUCGACAAAAACGACCCCAGAGUAGGGACUGCCGUGGUAGGAAAGGCUGCUUGCGGUGAUGUCAUCAAGUUCCAAGUCAAGGUAGAGGAUGGCGUCAUCAAGGAUGCAUGCUUCAAGACCUUCGGCUGCGGAUCCGCAAUUGCAAGUAGCUCAUACGUCACUGAGCUCAUCAAGGGCAAGACCUGCGCCGAAGCUGCUGCGAUCAAGAACACCGACAUAUCAGAAGUUCUCAGCCUACCACCAGUCAAGGUGCACUGCAGCCUGCUGGCGGAGGACGCCGUGAAGAUGGCGCUCAAAAACUACGAAGAAAAGAACAAAAUGAACGCGCCAAAGGAAAACGCUUGA